CAAAAGGGCAGAUCCAAAGCCAACGUAUCCAUGCUUCGUGCCUAUCCUCAUUUCCUUCUCUCUUCCUCUUCCUCUUCUUUUCCAAUUUAAUAAUAUUAUAUUAAUUAUUAUCAUCGUUACCUUCUUUUCUUUCGAUCCAUAUUCCUCACUACACAGGGUUAGGUUUAGGAGCCUUCUCUGCUGUCCAAUUUUUCUGUUCACUCUAUAGUUUCGCUCAUUUACGAUACACUCAUUUUAUCUCUUUAAUCAAUACACCACAAACACGAUAGGGAUCGUUCUGAAACAAUAGAUUUAGGGUUUCUCUAAUAUAAUAUUUUCAUACUUGAUUAAAAAAAAAUCACAUUAAUUUCCCUUAAUUUUUUGGGUUUAUCUUAGCCAUAAAACUAGGUUUUGAUAAUAGUUUGGGAGAAUGGAGAAGAAAAGGGUGGCAGUUCCUCUUGUGUGCCACGGCCACUCUCGGCCCGUGGUCGAUCUCUUCUACAGUCCUGUUACGCCUGAUGGUUUCUUCCUCAUCAGUGCAAGCAAGGAUUCUAGUCCUAUGCUCAGAAAUGGGGAAACUGGAGACUGGAUUGGAACAUUUGAAGGUCACAAAGGUGCUGUGUGGAGUUGCUGCUUGGAUACUAAUGCCUUGCGUGCUGCAACUGCUUCUGCUGAUUUCUCGACGAAAGUGUGGGAUGCUUUAACAGGAGAUGAAUUACACUCUUUUGAGCAUAAGCACAUUGUUCGAGCAUGUGCUUUUUCUGAGGAUACUCACCUUUUGCUCACUGGGGGAGUUGAGAAAAUUCUCCGAAUCUAUGAUAUGAAUCGGCCUGAUGCCCCACCCAGAGAAGUGGAUAAAUCCCCUGGUUCAGUCAGAACUGUUGCAUGGCUUCAUAGUGACCAGACAAUAUUGAGUUCUUGUACUGAUAUGGGAGGUGUCAGGUUGUGGGAUGUAAGAAGUGGUAAAAUAGUUCAGACACUUGAAACUAAGUCAUCUGUGACAAGUGCUGAAGUGAGUCAGGAUGGCCGUUAUAUUACAACUGCUGAUGGUUCUACUGUAAAGUUUUGGGAUGCAAAUUACUAUGGAUUGGUGAAGAGCUAUGAUAUGCCCUGUACUGUGGAAUCAGCUUCAUUGGAGCCUAAGUAUGGGAACAAGUUCAUUGCUGGGGGAGAAGAUAUGUGGGUUCAUGUUUUUGAUUUCCAUACAGGCAAUGAGAUUGCAUGCAACAAGGGCCACCAUGGUCCUGUCCACUGUGUCCGUUUUUCUCCUGGAGGAGAAUCAUAUGCCUCGGGAUCUGAGGAUGGAACCAUCAGAAUAUGGCAGACUGGCCCAUUGACUAAUGAGGAGUCGGAGGCUUUGUCUGCAAAUGGAUCAAUUGAAAAGGUGAAGGUAACUGCAGAUGAGGUUUCACGCAAGAUCGAGGGAUUUCAUAUAGCAGAUGAGGGGAAAUCUAAAGAAAAGAAUGAGGCAGGGGAGGAAUAAUGCUAAUAGUCGUGCAUUUUGUCUGGCAGUGUUAGAAUUAACUAGAUCAAGUGCCUGCUUAUGUACGUGAUUAGUAAACUAAAUUUUGUAAAUUUUAGUUUGUGUUGGAGAUUUACUGAAUUGAACGGGCUUGUUACAGCUAGCUGAAAUAAGUUCUGCGUUUGCUUUCAUUUCAACUCUGACAUGGGAGUUUAUGGAAUAUAGGAAAUGACUUGGU